CCGGAAGUGAGACUAAAAAAUGAAAACAGUCAGCAAAAUGAAAGUGUAAGCCUAAAAAAGGAUUAAACGAUGUUAACGGGGCGUUUUGUUCAUGAUAUCGUGUUCUGAAUUUAAAGAUUUUAGAUUGGUCCAUAUCGUCAUGUCGUGCUUUUAUUUGGUAAACGCCCAUUCUGCCAUUGCCAAGAAAACCAUUUCCAACGAGUUUGAUAAUUUGAUUUGGCUAGCAUUCAUAAUUUAUACGUUUGUUGUACUCCGACCAAAUUUUUCGUAGUGGAUAGAUGGCUUUAGUAUAAAAAGUUUGCAGAUUUUUGACAUUUGAUUGCCCAGCCUCUGCAAAUAUCUGCUAUGAGAUUCAACAAUAAAGAAUUGGCCUACUUGGCUCACCAUGGGACAUUUGACAAACAGGGGUCCUUAUUAAUGAAAGACAAAACAGAUGGAUUAUUUAAGAAAGGAGAAGAAUAUCAAAAGCGUUAUCUACGCCUGAAGGGUAACCUGUUGUUUUAUUUCAAAGACAAAGACAAGUCAGUGUCCAGUGAGCCACCCCUGGGAGUCCUGGUCAUUGAGAGGUGUACUGUGGAGCUAGAUUUGGAGGCAGUGGACUUUGGAUUUCUUAUAGUGUAUGAAGGAGAGGAUCAUACAUACAAGUUCCAGGCUCCGAGUGAGGAUGAGAGGGAUGAGUGGAUCCAGGUUAUCCACACAGCCAGCUAUGAAUGUCUGAAAAUGCAGCUCCAGAGUCUGAGAGAGCAGAUCCAGGCCAAGACUGGGAGGGACCCCAUCACUCAACCCCCACCCACAGAGUUUGGGAUGGAGUAUGAGACCCAAUCCCAAGGAAAUGCCAGUGAUGACCCUGCCCUAGAGAUAUGCUUGAGCUGCAAUGACUUGCAUAAUGACGUUAGUGGACAGCCCCCCAAUCCUUUCAUUGUUCUUAGUACCAUUGUCCCUCCUCAACAGACCUGGAUCCAGCACAGUAACACUGAAGUAGUGGAAGGCAGUAAUGAUCCCCAGUUUCUGAAGACCAUUGGCUUUGGUGACAAAGACGGGGUUGAUCUCAACAUGCGGGUGAAGAUCACGGUAUACCAUGUCAAAGAGAGGCUGACAGGGACUAUGUCCCAGCUUGGUCAUGCUAUUUUCACAUUGAAAGAUGUUUUGAUGAAUGUGGAAAUGAAAAGCAAAAUGAGACUUGUAGGUCCAGAUCCCCUAGAUUGUGGGACCGUCACCAUCAUGGCCUGGGUCAAUGACACAAACCUAUCACUGUCACAGAUUGUCUAUAUACCGUCGGAAACUGACUCAAAUCCUAAGAAGCCUGCCAUUGUCCGACACCGCUCCAAGCGGGUCGACACUCUCCGUCCUCAUUACAAGAACAUCAUCACCCGAACAUUCCGAUUCGACACCACAAAAGGCGAUGUGAAACUCCUGGUUCACGAAUACAUGGGAGAAAGCCUGUUUAGCCUUGAUAUUCCUAUACAACUCUUGAGGUUAUGGAUUGAAGAAGAGAAGCAUGUGUUAUCCCAGCUCCAAGAUAUUGGUCAGAUGUUUGCCCACGGGAGAUUGCGAGCUUUACAAGACCGACUGGAUUAUUGUACGAGCAUGAUCACAAUGUAUGAGCAGCAUCUUAACUUUCUCAGUUCCUUCAAAGGUCCAUGCUUUAAAGCCAGCUGCAAGAAAGGUGACAAAGAGCUGGAGUUCCUUCCCCUGAAUCUCCAUCUUCAGAGAAUGACUGUGAUAAACGAGGAGAAGAAUACGACGGGCUGGUACGAUGCCAUUACGGUGGGAGCAUUCACCGCCUACGCCCAGAAAUACAAACAUGGCGGCCUGAGUCGACUAUUGAGCCAACUCCAGGAGUCGCAUUCAACAGAGAACAACUCAGUGACCAACCUGUCCCUGGCUUGUGAUCUCGUGAACUCUAUUUAUGAUCAUAAAAUGAGCAUAUCAAAAGAUUGUGAUACCUUGUGUAGACUCUCGAGUAGUGGGACUGCAGAGGAGAUGACUGAAAUAACAAACUCUCUACAGCAAAAGAUAAAAGAGUUGGUGGAAGAAUGUGAUACUCCCUUAGUGCAGAAUACUGCAGAUGAAUAUAAUCGCAUCAAAGCAGAAUUAUCUCAGAAUUCGAGCCAGUCCAGUCCAGACUCACUAUCAGGGGACACAACUCCGGGUGCUAAGGUUAAUGAGGACACUGGCAAAAAUUGGAAGUGGUCAGGAACAGACUUUGUGAAAAGCCCUUCUGCUGAACCCUGGGAAAUGACUCGUUUAAACAUGGAAGCAGCUGCCAUGUGUCUGAUCUCAAUAGUGGAUGAUCUGGUGGUCGGUGAAUCAGCGGAGAGAAGCAAGUGGCUGGAAGAAAUCAACCCAGCCGUCAUGAAACUUAAAAGCUUCCUGGAAAUUGUCUACCAAAAAAUCCUACUAAUUGUCAUGUUUUUAAACAUUAAGGAACACCGUGGUAACUCAAGGUUGAUGCACAUAGUUAGAUAUAGAAGAGAUGUUUGCUUCUCUCAUGCACUUACAACACUUGUUAGUGGCUUUGUUACCAAGAUAACCAGCUGUAUAUCCAAUGAAGAGUUCCUUAAACAGAUACAGGAAGUAGGAAUAUUUUGUCAAUUUGAGGGAUUACUUAGUUGCCAUGGUGAUGAAAUGGGAAUGAUAGAAGAUUUCUGUGUAGCAGUAGAUGAUUUAAAGUUUGUCAGAUUUCAGUUUGUCAAAACUGAUGACCCAAGUGUUUCCCCAACAGUCUUUCAGGAUGGUCAUUUUAAAAGUGGUGCUUUUGGAGAUUUUCACAGACAUUGCGUCUGUGUGAGUAUACCCCUCCAAGAUGAAAUGUUCAACAAACUGCCAAAUGAAUUACAGAGAGGAGGGAAAGUUAAUGUCACUCCAGUACUGUUCAACAUCGGCAUUAAUGAGCAGGCCUCAUUAGCAGACAAAAUUGGAGACACUUCACUACAAGAAAAAAUCAAUACAGAGAAUGUUACCAAAGUGAUUUCAUAUUUAGAGAAAUAUGAGAAGAUAUUUGGAAGUUUAGAUAAAGGAAAAUCAGGUCAAGGUACUAUGAAUGAUUUGAAAAGCAAACUUGUGUACAACACAGCCUCCAAGAAAAGCAAAAAUACUGAUGUCCUGAAGCUAGCUGCAGAGAUUUGUCGUAAAGUUAAUGGAAUUCGGGUAACGAGUUGUAAGAGUGCCAAAGAUAGAACCUCCAUGAGUGUGACCCUGGAGCAAGUUUAUAUUCUACAACAGGAGCAUGACCUAGCCUCUCAUGUGUUCUCCCAAGCCCUGGACUGCUUCAGAAGUGAGGGAGUGAGACGAGAAAACACGUAUAAAAACAUUGGUUCUAGGAAGUAUGCCUUCAACAGCUUCCAGCUUCUGUAUGUUCCCAAGCUUUACCGACCUCCAAACGGGACUUAUGGCAAUGUCCAAGGCUAGCCGACUCCUUUACAUUCAUCAUGCAGUACAUAAUACUACAUUGUCCAUGUGUAAAUCGGAACAUAUUAUAUGUAUUCUGUAUGUCUGUUGAAUCUCCGAGAUACUUGUUGUUGGUUAUCAAUGUUAAAAUUGUGUAGACGCUCAAGGACAGUGUGGAUUUCAUCAAUCUUCAUUCAGUUGUUAUAAUUUGAUCAAAGUAAAGGCCAUCUUUAGAAUGUUGUUUGCUCAGCUCUUCCAAAUGUUUAAACUUUGAAGGAGGUAGGAGAGGUAAAAUCAUAAGUAGGGGGAUAAAAAAGCUACUGUAAACCAACUUUUAUUUGCUACAACUUUAUUAUUUACCAGACAUAAACUGGUUCACAGUGACUAAUUUGAAAAUAAAAUAACAGAGAUAUGCAAAUGAAAGUUGGUUUACAGUAUUUUCAACCUUUUCUGAAUUGUUAGGGAAAGUCAGUCAAAUGAAUUGUCAUCAGGGAAUAGAGAAAGAUAGCAAACAAAUUUUCAAAGCUGAAUGGUCUCAUGAGUAUUGAUGAACAACUUUUUACACCUUUUUUAAAAAUUUUAUACUUGCUAAAAUUAAUUGUCUUUUUAAUCCAUUUUUUUUACCACAAGAGAAUUUAAAAGUAAUCAUCAUGCAUUAACCUAAUUAGAGAAUGGUUUAGUCAUGAUUUAAAUACUGUUAUUAUACAUGUAUUACAUUUUGUUACUGUUACAGAUAAUUUAUGGUAUUCAUUUAGUGAAUGUGACCAAAAAAAAAAUUGUUUGGAAUAUCAUUUUGAAAUUUCAAAGAUUUCAAAAAUGUCUGAUUUGAUUCUAAUAGACCUGGUGGUUGUAAAGUUUUGAUUUAACCCUUUUAUAUAUUACCUUCUUGUUUGAAUUGUUUUUAGACCUUUAAGAAAUGGAUUUUUUUGGCAGUUGCAUUAUCUUAUAUUUUAUUCUCUCCAUUUGUAACAAUUGGCAAUAUGCAGAUUGCAACAAUUGGCAAUAUGCAGAUUGCAUUUAAAUUCAAAUAUUUUGAUGUCAGUUUUAGAUACUUUUAUGCUACAAUAUGAGGAGUGAUUAUGAAUACUGUAGUUUUACAGGAGUUGAGGUUAACUUCAGCUUAAAACUAAAAUUUAUUUGAAAACUUCCUGAUUGAGAGAAUUAUAUUAUUUAAAAAUUUCCUGAUUGAUUUAACAUUAUUUUCAUAACAUUAUCAACCCAUGUUUUAGUUUUUAUAAAUUGAUUGGAGUCAAUUACAAUUUUGUGAAGAAUUGGUUGUUAUCUUUGAUUUACAAGCAAGGUUACAGAUUGCAACACGCAAGUAAAACAAAAGAAAAUAAAAAUGAUCAAACUCCAUUGUACUUUAAUGAAAUGUGCAUGGCGAUGUGCCAUGGAGGAGUGAGCAUCCUCUGCUGACUGGUCUCGUCCGUAAUGUGUAUUAAAAGUAGAGUUCAAUAUUAUAAUUUUUUAAAGUAAAAAAAUCAAUACCUUUUUAUGAUUUUAUAUUUGUCAGCAAUGAGAAAUUUUGAAAGUUUGUCAAAAGUUUACAUGUGUUAAUUAAAUCAAAUGAACAGUUAAGAAAAUUUGUUACAAAAUAUGAUUGUUUUACAUGUAUAUUGUCAUUAAAUAAAUUGUUUUAAAUUAACUGAACCAAUGUGCAAUUAAUUUUACAAUAAAAUGUUUACCCCGUUAAAUUAUUGUUGUAUCAUUUUGGAGAAUUCAUCCUUUAUAAAGU